ACAGACUACAUCAGGCCAAACAAGACCUCGAGGAAGAGGUCUGCAGACCACAGUACACAGACUAAGAAGAGACCAGCCUCCAGCCUCACGGAACACCACCACCAGCCACAACACAAGAAGGUCUUGCUUCAAAUCCGAGCCUGAGAGGUCGAGUCUCAGCUCCUGGGCCUUUCCAGUGUGUGUGUGUAGAAUGCAAAGGGAUCUUGAGUUCGGGGUUAUGGGGAUAACACCCCCUUUUCCUCGGAUCAAACCUGAUUGAAAUUCCUGUUGUUUCCCUGGGACACUUGAAGUCUUGGGCCACUGUUACGGUCUUCUGGGACCACUGCUGUGGUCUCUUUGGAUCACUUAUGGUGGUCUGGGACCACUUCUCUGGUCCCAGACCACUAUUAUAUUCUGUCUAGCAUUAUAAUUGUUGUGGUCUUGGACCACACAGGACCUCACUCUAAUUCCCAAA